AUUCCGAAAUCUGAGAUUUUGCGCUUGGGAGUUUUGGAGCAGUCUAAGGAGGAAGUAAUAGUCCAGCGUCAGGUCCACCACCCUUUUGUCCACGACCUGCAGGACUGCUGGCAGACCCAGCGGCACAUCUACAUUAUGUGUGAUUACUGCAGCACAGGGGACUUGUACACAUACUGGGUGAUGAUUGGUCAGUUUGGAGAGGAUGUGGUAAAAGUGUUUGCUGCUGAAUUAGGUUCUGCUCUAGGGUUCCUUCAUGAUUGUGCAAUCAUCCAUCGUGAUGUGAAGAUGGAGAAUGUCCUUCUAACAGAUCAGGGCCAUCUACGACUGGCUGACUUCGGUUUGUCCCGGCGUCUGGAGCGUGGAGGAAGGGCGUUCACUAUUUGUGGGACAAUCCAAUACAUGGCUCCUGAAGUCCUUAGCGGUGGUCCCUACAACCACGCAGCUGAUUGGUGGUCUCUCGGCAUCCUUCUUUUUGCAUUGGCCACUGGAAAGUUUCCUGUGUCUCCAGAGACAGAUCACUGUAGCAUGCUGAGGAGAGUACGCAGCUUCCUAUAUGAGAUGCCAAAAAACUUUUCUCCUCCUUUUGCUCUCCUGCUUACAGAGCUUCUUUGUAAGACUCCAGCACGUCGCCUUCGGACACUGGAACGCUUCAAGCGGCAAACCUUUUUCCGCGGCACACCGUUUGAUUCCCACCUGCUCCAAAAGACCCCCAUGGAGCUGAUCCUGGAGCUGAAGAACCGGCCUGACCGCCCUGCCAAAGCCCGUCGAGGCCUGACCCUGGAGCCCUUCCCAAACUUUGACUGUGACUUUCUCUUAACCUCACCGUGCACACCCACCGCUCCAGACCUUUCCCCGACUCUGGCCAACAUGGAGCGGGUAGAAGCACUCAUGCAAAGCCAUGUACCUCAGGACGAUGCUUCCCAAAGAGAAGUGUUUGUUUAACUUUUUAAGACAAUUUUGUCGGGAGUUUUAAAAUCAGACACCUCAGAAGCACGUGGGGCAAGAAGGAAUACUUCAAGGGAUGGUCCACCCAAAAAUGACAAUUUUGUCAUCAUUCCAAACCUGUAUGAUUAACUUCUGUGGAACACAAAACAAGAUAUUUUCAAGAAUGUUGGUUACUGCACAGCUGACUUCCAUUGAAUGUACAAAAAAUACAAUUGAAGUCAGUAAAAACGGAAACUGUUUGGUUGCCAGCGUUCUU